ACCACACAAUACUCUAUGUCGUCGCGAUUCUGUGGUCCUGUUGCUUCGAUUGUCUUACAGAGUGGGCGGCUGAAAAAAAGUGUUUCGUUUGUAGGUUUAAACGCAAAUUAUAAUCAAUAAACCGACUGGUUAGGCAAAGGGUUCUCUAGUGGGGAGCGAUCUAAGGAGAAAACCGGAAAGUAGAGGUACUUAGAAUGGAACCCGAGACAGCCUCCCUACUUUUCAGGCUGAGGUCUGGACAGAUACAGGCUGGAGCUGUACAGAAAAUGUCAUUUCCCCCUCACAUGAAUCGCCCACAAAUUGGGAUUCCCCCUCUUCCGCCGGGGAUCCCCCCUCCCCAGUUUGCAGGCUUUCCUCAGACUGUACCUCCAGGGACACCUAUGAUUCCAGUUCAUAUGGGCAUUAUGACAUCUGCUCCUACUGUCCUGGUCCCCACUAUGCCCAUGGUAGGGAAGCCAAUGGGACCUCGCAAAGACUUCCCUGGCAUGAGAAACAAGGAGAACGAUGACAGCGGUGGUCCAACCACGACAGUCUUUGUGGGAAACAUCUCAGAAAAAGCUUCCGACAUGCUUAUUCGGCAACUGUUAGCAAAAUGUGGCUUGGUACUAAGCUGGAAAAGAGUUCAAGGAGCUUCUGGAAAACUCCAAGGUAAAAACAGAACAGCGUUUGGUUUCUGCGAGUACAAGGAGCCUGAAUCCACACUCCGCUCACUACGGUUGUUGCACGAGUUGCAGAUUGGGGACAAGAAGCUGCUGGUGAAAGUGGAUGCCAAGACCAAAGCACAGCUGGAUGAGUGGAAAGCCAAGAAAAGGAGCGCAAAUGGGGUAUGUAGUACUAUAUACCUCUGCUCAGUAUAGAUAGAUAGCCAGCCG